AUGCCGGACGCGACCCCGCCACCUGCGCCACCCGCCGCUGCACCCGCUACUACAGCCGCAUCGCCACCUCCCGACAAGGGCUACGCCUGCCAAUGGGAGUCCUGCGACAAGACUCUGCCCGACCCCGAACUGCUCUACAUCCAUCUCUGCAACGACCACAUCGGUCGCAAGUCUACCAACAAUCUGUGCCUGACUUGCAAGUGGAAGGGAUGCGGCGCUACAUGUGCCAAGCGAGACCAUAUCACUUCUCAUUUGCGUGUACACACCCCACUCAAGCCCCAUGUCUGCGAGAUCUGCAGCAAGCCAUUCAAGCGCCCUCAGGAUCUCAAGAAGCACGAAAAGAUACACACCGAGGAACAUCACAUGGCCCACCGCCAUUCCAAAGCCAUUACCGUUCACGACGAAUCCUAUGUCGAGCGCGUACGCGCACAGGCUCCCAACGCCGCUCCACCCCGGGGAUUGGAUUUGAACAGCCUUCAUCCCUCUUUAGCUGGACUUGGUCUCGGCGCAGGUCAUAACCUCGCCUAUCUCGCGGGUGCUACCGCCACCCGCGAGCAUGCUCGCAGCCCGACCCUCGCCAGCUUUGCCGGAGCCCAGCACCACAAUGCCUAUGGCCCCGGAAUUGGUGAAUUCGGUAGUGUCUCUCCGCGCUCUGCCGACGAGGCUCUUACUCCAGCCUCUGCACGCAUCUCGCCUAUGCCACCGCAUGCCGACAUCAACUACAACUGGGAUACCCCUUCGCUCGGCAAGCGCGGCCGCGGUGGAAGCACGAGCGACCCAUCCAGUCCCUCUGAUGACUUUUGGACCGACGCCAAGAAGCGCAGGUUUCAGCCUACGUACGACGCUCAAAUGGCCGAAAGGCUCUCGACUUUGUCAUCACUUGGCUUCCCUCCUCUGGGCGCGGCCCACCCGUCGCUCUCGCUCCAUCCCAACGCAAACUCACCACCAUCGGCUGCACCUGGUGCGGUUCCCCCCUCGUUACCGAUCCCUGACCCACGAAGCGCCGAGGAACUUGCGCAAUGGAACCAAUACCUCGUCAAGCUAGGUGAACAAGUGGCUUCAUCCGUGUAUGCACACGCCCUUGGGUUGGCUCCUCCCCCACCGCCACCACCCCAACAAUACCUCGACCCCACCGCGCUCGCCCAGUUUGGCCUCGCGGGUAUGCCGGGCUUGCUCGGAUUUGGACUCGGGCUCAGCGGCUUGCCUGGAUUGGGUAUGCUUGGUGCUGCUGCCGGAGGCCUCGGAGGUGUCGACUACAACGCCAUUGCGGCCUACCAACAAGCACAGGCUCAGGCAUUGGCUGUCCAAUCCCAAAUUGCAGCUGGCCUCUACCCAGGACUGGACCUUGCCUCGCUCGCCGCUGCUGCCGCAGCCAACCCCGCGGCCCACGCGCACGCUGCAGCCGAUGCCGACGCUAAACACGUUUCCUCUCCCCCUCGUCGCCCCGCUAGCUCAUCGAGCCGCCGAAGUGCGUCUGCCUCGGAGUCCGAGUUUGAGUUCGAUGCUCUUCGACCAUCUCGUGCUGCCGUCCCUCCCCCCGUUAUCCCUGGCCUCGCUGGGCUCCCUGGGUUCGGUGCGGCCGGUAUACCAGGAAUGGGAAUGGGCGACAAGCGAAGCGUCGUGCCUCUCAAAUCCGCUCCUCCCGCGCCCGUCAAGGAAGAAGACGAGGAUGCCGAGAUGGAAGAAGGAGAGACCAACCGGCUGCCUCCUCCCGCCGCGCCAGUCGAACCCCGACUGGGCAGCUCGGGGCUCUACCCUUCACUCCCUGCUUCGCUGUCUUCGACCGACUCGAGUGGGUCCGGGGAACGGAUCAAGCUCCCGGGCAUCCAGUCUCUUCUCGAGCCUUCGUUCCGCCUGCGCCCUGUCGCAUCGAGCUCGUCUCCUGCCUCGUCGUCGGAGAACGAGGACGACGACUCGGACUCGAACAGCACCGCGACGUCUCGUGCCGGUUCGCCUUCUGCCCAAGGCGGCACCGUCCUGCCUUCCUUUGCCUCCAUCGCGCUCAACGACUCUCGCCCGGCCAACAAGGAGGUCGAAGAGCGCAUGCGACAUAUUGCCGUAAUCCAGGCAAUGAUCGUCGCUGUCAACCGCGAGUGGGUUGCCAAGCACGGUGCGCUGCACAGCCACAGGUGGAGGAGCGAAAGUUAG